GCCUGAGACAGCCGGGGGUUCCGGAUACGGAUGUGGUGAGGUCAUCCCGGACACAGAGUUUCAGUGUAACCACCGUCCCUCAUAUAAGUCGACGGCCACGUCGCCCUCAUUUUGGGGCAGGAUGGGCCGUCCCAAUAAUAGCAACAUUCAAUCCAACUUCGUUCUUGAUAGUGUCAAUCCUUAAGACGCAGUCAGAAUGGUCCACCUGUCGACCGUCCGUAAAGAGUCCCACGCCCAUCAGCGUCAGCGCGAAGAACGCGAUGCGCAGGCAGCCGCAGUGUCACCUUACGUGUACGGGACGCGCUAUGCAGUCGAAGAGCUUCCCGAGCAUAGCAUGUCGGAGCAUGAAAUGCCAGCCCCGGUGGCAUAUCGCAUGAUCAAAGAUGAGUUGAGUUUGGAUGGGAAUCCCCUGCUCAAUUUAGCCAGCUUUGUCACUACCUAUAUGGAAGAUGAGGUGCAGCAGCUCAUGUCUGACGCCAUGAGCAAGAACUUCAUCGACUACGAACAGUAUCCACAGACUGCACAUAUCCAGAACCGCUGUGUCAAUAUGAUCGCCGGUCUGUUCCAUGCACCUAGCCUCAAUGACCCAAGCAACGAGCAAGACGCCAUCGGCACGUCGACGGUCGGAUCCUCAGAAGCGAUCAUGCUGGCCAUGCUGGCCAUGAAGAAGCGCUGGCAGAACAAGCGGAAGGAAGCUGGGAAGGACUGGUCGCGCCCGAACAUUAUCAUGAACAGUGCAGUACAAGUGUGCUGGGAGAAAGCCGCGCGGUAUUUCGAGGUCGAGGAGAGAUAUGUCUAUUGCACGGAGACCCGCUAUGUUAUUGACCCCAAGGAGGCGGUGGAUCUGGUGGACGAAAACACGGUGGGAAUCUGUGCCAUUCUAGGGACAACGUACACAGGGCAGUAUGAGGAUGUCAAGGCAAUCAAUGACCUGUUGAUUGCGAAGAACAUCGACUGCCCAAUACAUGUGGAUGCGGCUAGCGGCGGGUUUGUGGUGCCCUUUGUGAAACCAGAGCUGGAGUGGGACUUUCGCCUGGAAAAAGUCAUCUCCAUAAAUGUCUCAGGGCACAAAUACGGACUGGUCUAUCCUGGCGUUGGUUGGGUUUUCUGGCGCGCCCCCGAAUACCUUCCCAAAGAGCUCAUUUUCAAUAUCAAUUAUCUGGGCGCCGAGCAGGCCAGCUUCACGCUGAACUUUUCCAAAGGCGCCCCCCACGUCAUCGGGCAAUACUACCAACUGAUCCGGCUAGGGAAGCAUGGCUUCCGAUCGAUCAUGACCAACCUCACGCAGACUGCCGACCAUCUAGCAGCGGAAUUGGAGAAACUCGGCUUUAUUAUCAUGAGUGACGGUGGAGGUCGGGGUCUUCCUCUGGUUGCAUUCCGAUUGCCCGAGCAAGAGGGCCGGCUGUACGACGAAUUCGCCCUGGCCCAUGUGCUGCGUCGCCGCGGAUGGGUGAUUCCGGCGUAUACCAUGGCGCCGAAGUGUAAUCAAUUGAGGAUGAUGCGGAUCGUGCUGCGUGAGGAUUUUAGCUUGCACCGGUGUAACCUGCUCGUGGAGGACAUCCGACUGGGCUUGAAGACGCUAGAGGAUAUGGAUGAGACCAUGAUCAAGCGGUACAGCACAUACAUCCAGACACAUGCUACACGCGGACCACAAGGUCAUCCGGUGUAUGGAAACGAGCAGCAUUCGCUUCAGGGGAAGUCGGGAAAAACACAUGCGGUCUGUUGAACCGGUCAUUUGUGCGCGGUGUAGUAGUUACUUUACCACUACUGUGUUUGUCAGUCUACCUGUGAUACGUCAGCUUCCCCCCAAAACCUUCGCCAGCCAUCAUCCUUGGUUUUCUUAGUAUUAGUAGCUAUUCUGUGAAAUCUAUCAGUGCCAAGUCAUCCUCAACAGACGUAUC